GUACAGAGAGAGAGAGAGAGAGUGGAGGAAGAGGGACACAGAGAGGGAGAGAGUGGAGGAAGAGGGUGUAAGAAACUCCAGCAGGAGUGUAGGGGGAGUGUCUGUACGUGUUCUUCAGAGGGACAGUGGUGAGUACCACCCUGACGCAGACCCCCACAUAACUACGGAACCACUGCACGUCUGGUACCGGUUGUGUCCCCACUGGCGUUUGUCAUAAAAGGCGGUGGAGACAGUUAAAGCGUCCCACCUGGCUCUCUCUCUCUCUCUCUCUCUCUCUCUCUCUCUCUCUCUCUCUCUCUCUCUCUCUCUCUCUCUCUUUCUCUCUCCCUCUCUCUCUCUCUAUGCUACCCCUCACCCCCUGAUGGGCACCUCAUCACACCGUGCCAAAAGUCCACCGUCUCUGCUAACAACCACAGCACGUCCCUAACCACCAGCCAUCGCCAUGGAGAUGACACAGUCAAUGGUGAUGGACAGAGAGAACGAAGGAGGAGAGAAAGGGAAAGGGGAGGAGUCAUCGCAGGAGAACGGCACAAUCAUGCUGGCUGACGGAAGGGUGGCAGAGAAGGGGGACCCCAAAGUGAACUCUGGUGGGGGGUCAGGAGGGGUGUCCAACGGGUACCCCACGUCCACAGCGCAGAGCCCAAAGGAGGGAGCGGGGGGUGUACCCGCAGGGGCCCUCAGGACUCUGGUGGUCCAGCAGACCAGUCUGGACCGGCCCCGGGAGACCUGGAGCAAGAAGAUGGACUUUCUGUUGUCUGUGAUUGGUUACGCCGUGGACCUGGGAAAUGUGUGGCGCUUCCCCUACAUCUGCUAUCAAAACGGCGGAGGUGCCUUCCUGCUGCCCUACAUGUUGAUGGCGAUAUUCGGCGGCGUGCCUCUGUUCUACAUGGAGCUGGCACUGGGGCAGUUCCACCGCAGCGGCUGCAUCUCCAUCUGGAAACACAUCUGCCCCAUCUUCAAGGGUGUGGGCUUCGCCAUCUGCAUCAUAGCGCUGUACAUUGCGUUCUACUACAACACCAUCAUGGCGUGGGCCCUGUACUACCUGCUGGCGUCGUUCCGGCCCACCCUGCCCUGGACCACGUGCUCCAACCCCUGGAACACGGUCAACUGUCUCCGCUACCUGUCCACCGACAGCAACGUCACCUGGACCAACACGUCCACCUCGCCCGCCGAGGAGUUCUAUACGCGUCAGGUACUGCAGGUGCACAUGUCUCCAGGUCUGCACCAGCUUGGCAGUGUGAGUUGGCAGCUGGCUCUCUGCCUCCUGUGGAGGUGCGUUUGUGGUGAAACUGUUUGAGGAGUACGCCACAGGACCUGCUGUCAUCACUGUGGUCUUCCUAGAAGUCAUCGCUGUUUCCUGGUUCUACGGCACCAGUCGUUUCUGCGCUGAUGUCAAUAAGAUGCUGGGCUUCUCCCCUGGACUAUUCUGGAGGGUGUGCUGGGUAGCCAUCUGCCCCAUAUUCCUACUGUUCAUCAUUGUCAGUUUCCUGGCGUUCCCCCCGGAGGUCAAGUUGUUUGACUACGUCUACCCACCCUGGACCACUGUUCUGGGCUACUGCAUCGGAGUGUCCUCCUUCAUCUGUGUACCAGCCUACAUGGUGUACCACCUGCUCACUGCCAAAGGGACCUUUAAACAGCGUCUCCUGAAUGGCAUCACCCCUGUACCCAGUGGGCCUCACAGUGACAUUAUCAUCACCCACGCCGUCUGACCCAGUGGUCUGACCAGGCCAGGUGGACUACACCACCCUCUGCUGGACAUAGAGCACAACUGCAGGAUGGGGAGGGUUCACGCCUCCCCCACUUCUCCUCCAGAACCCCCACAGCAGACUUCAGAAGCACAGAGGCACCCUGUUUAUCCCACUGAACCCAGGGCUGAGGUGGGGGCGCUGGGACACACUGUCUGCAGCAUCUCACACCCCUCCUCCGUCGUCUCCCUCCUGGCUCAUUCUGUUAGCAGCUAAUGUCGUCACUGGUUUCAUACUGGGCCACGCUGGUCAGAGCAUUUCAACCACCAGACAGAGGGUUUUAGAUGCCACAGCACAAUGGCAUGUGUACUGUUAUUGAAGCGUAAUGUUGCCUUUAAAGUCUAUACCUGUCCAUUAUAAUUGGAAUCCAUCCACACAGUAUGAGGCAUAAACAUACACACUUCCUUGUCUCUGCUCUGUCAGGUCCACUAAACAAUGUUUAUAUCACAAGCAAACAUCUCAUCUCACGGCUUCGUUUGACGUUAUAUCCUUGUUUCAUGAGUUCUGCAUUCAGAUAUUUAGCUGGACAUUGAUUGCAAAAUGCAGGUACCUUUUCAAGUUUCUCUAUGAAACCAAAUGUUCCAUGGAUAUUUCUACAGCUUUUUCCAGAUGUGAGCUGUUGUCAUGCUUUAGGAUGACUUGGUGGGAGCUUGUCAGUGUUUCUGAAUGGGAUGGCUGAACCUAUGAAGGGCCUUGAAGAGUGUCAGAGCGUCUGCACACUGUGAAGCGCUGUAUGUUGCUGUUGUAUGACGCACUGCAGUACUGAUUCUGCUCUGUAAGCAUAUCCAAGUUGUUGGGGAACAUAGAGACAAGUUCAGAAGAGAAAACAGGGCAGUAUGGAAGGCUCUGGUGUGUGUGUGUGUGUGUGUGUGUGUGUGUGUGUGUGUGUGUGUGUGUGUGUGUGUGUGUGUGUGUGUGUGUGUGUGUGUGUGUGUGUGUGUGUGUGUGUGUGUGUGUGUGUGUGUGUGUGUGUGUGUGUGUGUGUGUGUGUGUGUGUGUGUGUGUGUGUUAGACAGAAAUGGAAGGAACGUGGGGAGAAGCUACCCUGUGCAGAUCAGAAGGAGUGGGUUAUAUUAUCGCAAUAUAAGAUGUAUAUUUAUUUGAAAUAAUUAUUAUUGCUGUCAAAUCUAUACUUUCAUGUAUUUCUUUAUCUCAUUUACUAUAAACUGACAUGCUGAUUUAGUUUAGUUAGGUUCUUAGCACGGAAAUGGUGUUUUACAUAUUAACUGCCUACAUUGGGAAUCCAGUAUUGAACACAACUACGUUCAUCUCCAUCGCUCAGUCUUCAAGGAUGUGUCUAAAAACAGGUAUCUGUCUUUACUUUCGACCAAAUAAUCUGUUGUGUGUUGGAAUGGGAGUAAUAGUAUGACAUGUACGUGUGUAUUAAGUGAGUCUUGGUAUUGGUGUGUGUCUCUUUGUUCUGUGAAUACUUGUCUACUCUCUUGAACGGGUUAUGUUUGUGUGUGCAUCAGACCAGGGUGCAAAUACUAUAGGGAAUCUUUCAAAUACUUUGUGUUUUCUUUUGCCUGCCUCGUGCCAGAUAGGCAGAGUUUGUUUUAGCCUGCCUCGUGCCAGAUAGGUGGAUUUGUUUUAGCCUGCCUCGUGCCUGAUGGACGGGGUUUGUUUUAGCCUGCCUCGUGCCUGAUGGACGGGGUUUGUUUUAGCCUGCCUCGUGCCUGAUGGACGGGGUUUGUUUUAGCCUGCCUCGUGCCUGAUGGACGGGGUUUGUUUUAGCCUGCCUCGUGCCAGAUAGGUGGGUUUGUUUUAGCCUGCCUCGUGCCUGAUGGACGGGGUUUGUUUUAGCCUGCCUCGUACCAGAUAGGCAGAGUUUGUUUUAGCCUGCCUCGUGCCUGAUGGACGGGGUUUGUUUUAGCCUGCCUCGUGCCUGAUGGACGGGGUUUGUUUUAGCCUGCCUCGUGCCUGAUGGACGGGGUUUGUUUUAGCCUGCCUCGUGCCUGAUGGACGGGGUUUGUUUUAGCCUGCCUCGUGCCUGAUGGACGGGGUUUGUUUUAGCCUGCCUCGUGCCAGAUAGGUGGGUUUGUUUUAGCCUGCCUCGUGCCUGAUGGACGGGGUUUGUUUUAGCCUGCCUCGUGCCAGAUAGGCAGAGUUUGUUUUAGCCUGCCUCGUGCCUGAUGGACGGGGUUUGUUUUAGCCUGCCUCGUGCCUGAUGGACGGGGUUUGUUUUAGCCUGCCUCGUGCCUGAUGGACGGGGUUUGUUUUAGCCUGCCUCGUGCCUGAUGGACGGGGUUUGUUUUAGCCUGCCUCGUGCCUGAUGGACGGGGUUUGUUUUAGCCUGCCUCGUGCCUGAUGGGCGGGGUUUGUUUUAGCCUGCCUCGUGCCAGAUGGGCGGGGUUUGCAGGAUUGCGACUUCUAUUGGUUCCAUUGAACCAGGCACGCUCAAUCAAAUCUGAAGUAUUUGAAACGAUUUCAAAUAGUAUUUCAACUGGGGAUUGGUGUAUGUGUGUGUAAGCGUGCAUACCUUGCAAGCAUGCAUACAUGAGUGUGUGUGUAUACACGUGUGUGUGUCAGCGUGCAUGUGUGUGUACGUUAUGAACUGAAGUAGCAGUGUCAGACUCUGUCAACUUUGUCAGUGUGUGUAACCUGUGUGUGCAUGCCAGUGUGUGUAACCUGUGUGUGCAUGCCAGUGGGUGUAACCUAUGUGUGCAUGCCAGUGGGUGUAACCUGUGCUUCAGCUUGCAUCUGUGAAGUGACCUUCUCUUGUCUUGUUCUUCUCCAAAAUAUCCAAUGAAGAUGAUAAAACCACUCCCUCGUACCUCUCGAGCCUAUAUAAUGUAUGAUCUAUGUAUGUCUGUAAAAGAUUGUAUUGAGAAAUAAACCUGUAUAGAAGAAAGAUAUACAUAUAUAUGAAUUAAUAGAUAAAUAAAGUUAAGAUGUAAAUGA